AUGCGCACUUCAGCCCUCUGCAACGUUGGCAUCUGGGCGCUCCUGGCCAUAGUGGUCGUUGCCUCUAAAAUGGAACCGCUUCGGUGCAUUAUGUACCUGACCGGCCAGCAUAAUGUUGUCCCAGACAAAGAUGCCGUUGCCGAUAUCACCCACGUCAUCCUUGCCUUUAUGCGGUCCGAGAUUUUCAAUGUUGACGAGACGCCUUCCGAGUUUCCUCUCUUCACGACCGUCGAAGAGGUCCGUUCUAAGUUCGCGCCGGGAACUAAGGUAAUGGUAGCUAUUGGAGGAUGGGGUGACAACGCAGGCUUUGAAGUGGCUGCGAAGAGUGACGCCUCGAGAAAACGCUGGGCGAGGCAAGCUGCCGUAAUGGUGGAGGCAGUCGGCGCGGAUGGUGUCGAUGUUGACUGGGAGUAUCCAGGUGGAAACCGGGAUGAUUACAAAGAGAUCCCCAAUUCUGAACGGGAGUGGGAGAUUGAGGCAUUCGUCUCACUUAUCGAGGAGCUUCGCGCUGCUUUGAGUCCUGGAAAACUUCUCUCCAUCGCAGUGCCUGGCAAGGAGGUUGACUUGAUGUCAUUCACUUCCUCGACAGUGCCCCGAAUUGUCAAGCAGGCCGACUUUCUCAACAUCAUGACCUAUGAUCUUAUGAAUCGCCGCGACACAGUCACCAAGCACCACAGCGGCGUCACCGAUUCGCGUGAUUCGAUCCAGCGUUAUAUCAGCCGCGGCGCCCCACCACACCAGGUCAACCUCGGCCUUGGAUACUACGUCAAGUGGUUCAUGACCCAGCAGUGCAACGUUGAUGACCCACGGGGUUGUCCCACCCAGCCACUCGAAGACCCGGAGACAGGGGCGGAUAUGGGCAAGACCGGUGCCUUUAGCUGGCAUGACAAGACUCCCGAGGAACUGGUUGAAUCUUUUGCACGUGCGGAAAGUGAAGGAAGCUAUGACGACGACGGAAGCUACUCUUACUGGGAUGAUCAGGAAUGGCGGUGGUGGUCGUUCGACACGGUGGAGAGUAUCCGGCACAAAAUGGAAGACCUUGUUCCACAGCUCAACGUGGGGGGAGUAUUCGCCUGGGGCCUUGGAGAAGACGCUCCUCGAUUCGAGCAUCUCGGGGCUACGAUUGAGGGAAUUCGUAAGCACCGCUACACGAGGACGGCAAAGGACGAGCUAUGA